UCUUUGCCUCUUUAACCAACCAGGAAAGAUGAGUAUUCUCUAUUUCAUAUUCACCUUCAUAUUAUUUUCAGUACUAUUUGUCAUCCUCACCUUCUGUUUUCUGCUACUUAAAAUCUUCACAGGAAAAUCCAUUAGAAACCCAAUUUACCCGCCAGUAAAAGGCACCGUCUUCGACCAGCUCUUCUACUUCAACAGGCUCUAUGACUACCAGACCGAAGUUGCCAAAGAGCAGCCAACUUUUCGGCUGCUUACUCCAGACCAAAGUGAAGUAUACACCACUGACAUGCGAAACAUCGAGCAUGUUUUGAAAACCAACUUCGCCAAGUAUUCCAAAGGGAAGUACAACCAAGAUAUUGUGUCUGAUGUUUUUGGCCAAGGGAUAUUUGUUGUUGAUGGAGAAAAGUGGAAGCAGCAGAGGAAGCUUGCGAGCCUUGAGUUUUCGACCAGAGUUCUUAGAGAUUUUAGCUGUUCUGUGUUUAGAAGAAAUUCUGCCAAACUGGUUAGAGUUGUUUCUGAGAUUUUGGGUUCCAAUCAAAGUUUUGAUAUGCAAGAUAUUCUUAUGAGGUGCACUUUAGACUCCAUAAUCAAAGUAGGGUUUGGAAUAGACCUGAAUUGCUUGGAGGGUUCAAGCAAGGAAGGGACUGCAUUUAUGAAGGCCUUUGAUGAUUCGACCGCCCUGUCCUAUUGGCGCUUUGUCGAUCCAUUCUGGAAAUUGAAGCGAGUUCUAAAUAUUGGUUCUGAAGCAGCUCUUAGAAAGAAUGUCCGAAUCAUGGAUGAUUUUGUACACCAACUUAUCAAGAGUAAGAGGACGUUGGUUACAGGGAAAACUGAUGCUAAUGACAGGGAGGACAUACUAUCGAGGUUUCUGUUGGAGAGCGAGAAGGAUCCCGAGAAAAUGAAUGACACAUAUCUGAGGGAUAUAAUUCUGAACUUUAUGAUUGCUGGCAAAGAUACAAGUGCAAAUACACUCUCAUGGUUCUUGUACAUGCUUACGAAGAACCCUCUAAUACAAGAAAAAGUUGCACACGAAGUGAGGGAUGUUGUCGGUAUUACUAUUCAGGUCAACGAAGCUAACAUUGAUGAACUUGUAGAAAACAUAACUGAUGCAAAUCUUGAUAAAAUGCAUUAUCUUCAUGCAACGAUAACAGAGACCUUGAGGCUAUACCCUGCAGUUCCUGUGGACGGGAGAUGUGCAGAGGUAGAUGACAUUCUUCCUGAUGGCUUUAGAUUGAGAAAAGGAGAUGGAGUAUACUACAUGGCCUAUGCCAUGGGAAGAAUGCCUUAUAUUUGGGGAGAAGAUGCUGAUGAUUUCCGACCUGAAAGAUGGCUCAAAAAUGGAAUUUUCCAGCCUGAAUCACCAUUCAAAUUUGUCGCAUUUCAUGCAGGACCUCGAAUCUGUCUAGGGAAAGACUUUGCAUACCGGCAGAUGAAGAUAGUAUCAACCGCUCUUCUUUUCUUCUUCCGCUUCAAAUUGGCUGACGAAACAAAAAAUGUAACCUAUAGGACCAUGUUCACCCUACACAUGGAUGGAGGUCUCCCUCUUCGCGCAACUCCGAGGACAGCUUGAUAUCUUUCUAGCGUAUCAAGUAGAAUAAUGUUCAGUAGUUUGCUAAACUUUGUAUCUGUAAAAUUCUGCAUGACUACUGAAAUGCGCUUAAGAUUUAUAAAUGUAGUGUGGUUCUACUUGUA